CAUAUGACGUCCUCCCAUUCUCACUGCACAUGCGCGGCUCUGGGAGUGCGCAGCAGCGCGUGAUCCGCGGUGUGCUGUGUCCGUUGGACACAGCGGAUCACCGAUCCAUGGAAAAAGCCAAAGAUCAGUGCCACCUGUCAGUGUCCAUCAGUGCCAGCUCUCAGUGUUCAUUCAUGCCACCUGCCAGUGCCACAUCAGUGCCUACCAGUGUACAUCAAUGCCACAUAUCAGUGCCCAUCUGAGAUGCCUUUCAGUGCCACCUAUCAGUGCCAGACAGUGCCGCCUACCAGUGUGCAUCAGUGCACUCAGUGCUGCCUGUCAGUGCCACCUAUCAGUGCCAUAUAUCAGUGCUGCCUUUCAGUGCCCAUCAGUGAUGCCUGUCAAUGCCCAUAAGUGCCACCUACCAGUGCCUCCUCAUCAGUGCCACCUAUCAGUGUCCAUCAGUGAAGCCUAUCAGUGCCCAUCACUGCAGCCUCAUUAGCACACGUUAGUGAAGAAGAAAAAUCACUUAUUUACAAAAUUUUAUAACAAAAACUAAAAAAAACGGUUUUUUUUUUCACAAUUUUCAGUGGGUUUUUGGUUUAAUUAAGAAAAAAUAA